AUGAGCGACCAGGCAGCACCACGAUCUGAAGGCUCUCAGUAUACCAAGCCCACCAAAGCACCAGUAAUAGAUAAUAGCCCGAAUCGCAACGACGAAGGCGUGGUCACAACAGUCCCAACUCCCCCAAAAGUUGAUCAGACGAAGGAAACACCCAGUGAAGAUCCUGAUAUGGAGGCACUCAGGCAACCUUUUCGAUGGCUGCUUUCAACCAUGGGCUCCAAUACCCCCAAUCCAAAGGCCGUCUUGAAGGAUUCAACCAUUGAAUCCUUUGCAACUUACAUUCAAAACAACAACCCAAGCAAGAUCAUUGUCAUGACGGGAGCUGGGAUAUCUACUUCUGCAGGAAUACCCGACUUUAGAACUCCUGGUACUGGCUUAUAUAGUAAUCUACAAAAGUACGAUCUCCCAUUUCCCGAAGCGAUAUUCUACAUUCAGUACUUUCUUGACAAGCCCGAACCAUUCUACAUGCUUGCUAAAGAAAUGUGGCCUGGCAACUUCAAACCAACUCUAUCCCACUACUUUAUCAGACUGCUCGCUGAGAAGGAUGUAUUGCUCCGCAAUUUCACGCAAAACAUUGACACCUUGGAGAGGGUAGCAGGUGUGAAUCCUGAGCUGCUUGUGGAAGCGCAUGGAUCAUUUGGCAGUGCUCAUUGUGCUGGCACAAAGAAGAAAUCAAAAUGCAACACCGAGAUACCUGUGUCAGUUGUUAAAGAAUGUGUAGAUCGCGAGGAGAUUCCACGGUGUCCCAAACCCAAUUGUGGUGGUCUUGUGAAGCCUGGCAUUGUUUUCUUUGGUGAAGGACUGCCCGAACGAUUCUUCAAACUGGCACAAACAGACUUUAGUCAAUGUGAUUUACUCAUAGUUAUUGGAACCUCAUUACAAGUUCAACCCUUCGCAUCCCUCAUCAACCAAGUGCCAGAUCACAUACCACGCUUACUAGUAAACAUGGAAGAAGUUGGAGACCAAGGCAGCUCUGCUCUCGGAUUCGAUUUCAGCCAUGCACGACAAGAAUAUAAACGUGACGCCAUAUUCCUGGGUCCUGCUGAUGAAGGCUGUAGGAAGCUGGCAGAGUUGCUUGGAUGGGUGGAUGAGCUAGAUACACUUAUAGAAAAGCAGAAUAUGGUGUUGGAGAAGGAACAAGCGAGAAUGUCACCAAAGAAGAAGCAGAGAGAUGGUGAUAAUGGAAGUGUAGCUCAUGAUCAAUUGGGAGAGAAUGGAGUGUCAGCAGAGAAGAAGGUCGAUGUGGUUGACAGUACAACUCAUGAUCAGGCUGUUGAAGAGAAUGGUGUGUCAAAGAAAGUCGAUGUGGUUGAUACUAUAACGACUCAUGAUCAGGCUGUGGAAGAGAAUGGAGUGUCACCAAAGAAGGUUGUUGUAGAUACCAUUGAUAAGACCGACGACACUGAUGACGAAGAAGCUGAACUAGCAGCAAAACUGGCCAGCAUAAACUUUUCGUUGUGA